GCGCACUCCCAGGGAGCGCGCACAAGCAGGGUGCGGGGAGGCCAUUUAUAAAUGGCUGGAUGGGAGCAGUGCAGGAGCUGGUGGCCAUUUAUAAACAUCCUCCCACAUCCAUUGCCUGUGCGUGCUCCCUGGGAGGACACAGCGGAACACUGUGUGAGGUCACGAUCAUGUGAUCACUGAUUGGCCAAUCAAUGAUCACAUAAAUAGUAGUAAGCAAGAUGUCACUCCUGACAUCAUUGCUUACUACGUGUGAAAUCUGUGAAUGAUCACAGAGGUCACAUGGUACAAUGCUAU